AUGGAGAUGCGAGGAAAGGGAGACAUAUACGAGAUUUUGUUAUUGCUGAAUCUGAACGGCUCGGACAGCCAAUGCCUGCCCUCCCCUGUAGCUGAUAAUGAGAUACAGGAGGCUCGUGCUCUGCACGCGUCUGAAUUGUCGGCAGAUGUCCUGCAAUGUGGGAUUUCCUUGUUGUCCCCCCUCCAGGUAAACAGCAAGGGGUCGGUAGUGCUAAGCACGCGCUGCAAAGGUCUGUGGCGGGAAUGUGUCUGGGACCGGUUUGUCAAGAUUUGGACUUGCGACGCGUUUAGCUCUUAUUUGAACCCGCAUCCAGCCUCCAUCGUCCUCACCCGAUCAUUGAUCGUCACCUCCAGUAUUAUCAGCUCCGCGGCUUUCCUCUUCCUGAUCGUCGGAUACGAGAAUUUUCAUUGCUGCCGAGAUGGAGCCACCAAACUGCAAUGUCUGCGGCUGUCCUCAGGACUCUAUUUCUUCACCGCAAUGUCCUCAUCUGCCGCCAUCAUAAGAUACUGCGUCUACGUCUACCACCUCCACCAGUACGAGGUCUCUCUGAAAAUCCCAGGAUUCCCUAGCUUUGAAUAUGGCUACUCACUAUGGAUGGCGGUGGGAGGCAAUUUAGGGGCGGUCACCUCUGCCGUAACAACCUGCUAUCUCAGCUUCUGUAAGAAGAAACUCAACACCACGCCAAGCGAAGAAAACCCUAUGAUUGGAUGUUCCGAGAGUCCCAGUGUACAGAAAACAUAUGUUUGAAAUGCCGCCCUCAAAUAAAUGAUUCUGGGUAGUCCUGACCCAUGAACGUGCGCAAAGUAACCCUCGAUAGUCCUCCUGCUAUCCCAUCCCCCAGAACCGGAGCGUAGAGAUCGUAGGGACCUCAGUGCUUCCUCUCCUCACAUCACAGCUCUCUAGUAAUCCCCAGGGCCGAUCCUAGGGUCACAGACGCCUGGGUGCAGAAAAAUUUCUGGCGCCCCUCAUGGGCGUGGU